GUCAUAAGAUAUGCCGUCCCACGAUGAACUGAACGAGUGAUGCUAUCCUAAAUAAAAAUUCCAUCAACUUAAAUGCAAGAAAAGAUGAAAAAUGGCUGACAAAUACUACCGCCUUGUUAGUUUCCUGAUAAACAUAUGCCCAGAACCUCUCAGAGAACUGUUUUUACAAAAUGCCAAGUCCAAUACACUACCUGGUGUACCAUACACAUCACUGGAUGCUUACCUUGCAUCUAGAAAACCAGACAUAUUAUCAUUGAAGAGCAGACGUAAACUGAGAGAUGACCAGUAUGAUCUUCUAUAUCCCAAUUCUGGACCAGCAGAUGAGUCGCAGUGGGACAUUACCUUGUUAGCUGUUUUAAUUCUUGAACUAUUUCGAUCAUACAUUCCGAACCAUGUCCAGUUUUUCAUCAGAGAUAUUCGAAAUGUGAGAAACAGUCUACAACAUGUAUCAAAAACUUCAAACAUUACUGACUCAAUGUUUCAGAAGAACUGGGAUCGCUUGGAAAUAGCAACUUUAACUUUGGCUAAAGUUGUAAAUGGAACUAAUUAUGAGAAUGUUAUGAAAGAGAAGAUUGCUACAGCCAAGGUCUCAAACAUGCCAGACCUUGGUAACACUCUGUGCUUAUGGUUUAUGGAAAUCAAUACACAAAAUAUGACUGAAAUGGCAGAAAUGAAAGUGAAAAUUAAAGAAAUAUCAGAAGACACUAAAGAAUCCAAAGCAAAGGCCAGCGAAAGUGCAAACAUUCUACAAAAUGCUUGCAUGGCUAAACCAGGACCAACAGGGAAACCAAAUAAAAGAAUGAAAAUGGUUGAUAGAAAAUUGAAAAAUAUGCAAGAUCAGUUUGAAAGAACAAUGAAUGCAGAAAUUCCAGACGACUUCAGUGCUCCAAAAGAGACUGACAAAAUUAAAGAAAAGUUACUACACAAUCACCUGGUGAUUGUAGCUGGUCAGAACAACAGUCUGUAUGCAGCAGCUGCCCUCACAGCCGUCAAAUACAUGGUUUAUAAUGAGAAACGUUGUGUGGAAAUGCAGAGUUCUUCCGACUGGAGUCAUGUAGACUCAGAAGAUGUUGAAUUUGUUCUUUGCCGUGAUCCAUUUGGCAGAGAUGAGUAUGAUGAGGAGAAAGCUAAAGGUAUGGCAAGCAUAUUCAGUAGUAUUCAACAGACAGUGAAAGAGGACAGAGAUGACAAGAAGCUUGCUGUUCUAAUGACAUCAGAUAUUGGAGUGUUGAAUGAAUGUAAAGAGAGACAUUAUCAUGACAUUCUGGAGGAAGUGGUCACAGUUUAUCACACUACAAGUGCAACUCAACCAGCUGAUCUUACUGUAGCCAGAUGUAGCAAUAACAUUUUACCUUCAACAUCGACAAUUUCACAGAAUCUUGCUGACCAAACACACCUUUUCCUGGAUCAUCACAAAAGGCAAGUACGUCCAGAUAUUUUGAAGGCAGCAAAAGACGAGUUCAAGGUUCAUAAAUCAGUGGUGUUGGUAGGACCACCAAGAUGUGGUAUAAUGUCACUUGCAGUAGCUCUUGCAGCAUCCUACCAUCCGUCACAAGUUCUUCUUCUGACAUACCCUGAACAGGUUCAACAUGUUGACCAGAACAGAACACAUCUAGUUAUCAUUGAGGAUUUUGCUGGGAAAUAUGGAUUCGACAUAAUACAGAUUUGUAACUGGUACAAAACAUUUGACAUUCUUCAUGUCAUGAAAUCUGCUGGCAAACUCAACAUCAUUCUAACAUGUGACAAACAAAAGUUUAAGAAGUGCAUUGAAAAAAUUGCCGCUCAUCCAUUGCUGGAACAUACAGUGGAGCUUCAUCGUGAAAACGUUCAAGUGAAACUAGAAAUAAGUAACAAAACCUGGAUGGCAGCGCUAGAAAACUCAAACGAAAAAGCAGCACGGUAUCUACUACAACUCGGUGUAUUACCAUAA